AUGUGUACUAAUAAUAAUAAUAAUAAUACUCUCACUGGUAAAUUAAUCAUGAGAAAGAACAAGGAAGAAAGUAUUGAAAAGGUUUUCCAAUUAAUUAAUUUCGGAGGCUUGAAUGAAUCUGUUAGAGAAUUUGUUCAAGAUUUGUCAUCUGCUACUUCUUCUGAUGAAGUGUUAUUAUCCACUUUCAAGAUCAAGGCUAUUGUUCCAUCUUCUGAGAAGAGAAAAACAAUUUAUAUAAUUAAUAAUGAAAAUGAUUUUUCUGAAAUGAUGAAAUUAAUUCAAGAAAUUCCACAAGAUAAACCAAUUCUUUUCAGACAACAACGUCACCAAAAACAAUCUCCGAGAAAUCAACAAGCCAGAAAUUUCAUCACUAAAAUUUUAGCUAGAAAAAAUUACUUGUCACCAAAACAAAAGAAAAAUCAAGCAAACUUGUUCACUCCAAGAAGAAGAUCAAAGGCUAGCGAUUUUGAAAAAGCAUUGAUGGACGAGUUUUCCGAUCCAUCACCAAAGAAAUUAUUGGAUGAUGAUGACGAGGAAACUUCUGAUUUUAUUGAACAUAAGAAAUCGACCAAGAAGAAGAGUAGUAGCAAGACAAAGAAUCAACAUAAUAGAACAUUCUCAUCAUCGAGUACGGGGAGUACAGGGAGUGGUGGUGGCGGAAAUGUAACUUUUGGAUAUGGAAAAAAGCAACAACACACAAGAACACAAUCAUCAACAUCGAGUACAGGUUCUCCUGUUGGAGGAGGUUAUCAAUCAUCGGGUAUAUAUGAUGGUGAUUCCUCUCCUGUUGUUACAUCAGAUAAUUAUGAUAAUAAUCGAUUGAAUUACUCUGCAUCGAAUAGUAAUAUUGAUAAAUACAAGGGAAUAAGUUCAAGAGAUAUGGGAAAGGUUAAUAGUAUGCCAUCAAUUUCGGAAUCAUAUGAAAAUUCAUCAUCAUCAUCAUACUCUAAUGAUCCACGUAUUGGUACCAUGAAGAAUAAUUAUUAUGAACAGGCAAGAAAGAGACAAAACGAAGAGAGUGGUCCAUACAUUUUGCAAGUUAUUGCCGAUAUGUUAAAGUAUAUUUAUUCAUCAAUUACAGAAACUGCCAAUAUUGGAGGAUCUAGAUUGACAAGUGCCGUCUCGGGAAUGAAUUUCAGACAGAAUCAAUCCAAUGCAAAUCCAAGAGCAGGAGGUGAUUUCCCAUCUCCAGAGAUUUAUUUAGAACCUGAAAAGAAGCAAAUUUUGGAACAAUUCAAAAAGUAUUGCUCUAAAAAGUUCGACAUUGAGAAUGACAAACAUCAAAAACUGUUAUUCUCACUCUACAAGUGUUGUACUCAGAAGAAGACUAUUUUAACUGAGGGAGAACAUUGGAAAUUCUUGGGAUUCCAAAACACAAAACCAGAAACUGACUUUAGAGGAGCAGGUAUUCUUGGGUUGAGAAAUUUACUCUACUUCUCCAAACAUUACAAGAAGAGAUUCAAGAAUUACUUUGGAAAAUGUACAAAUGAGAUUUCUGUCACUGAUGAUGGUACUUUCACAAGUUAUCCAUUUGUUAUUGCUGGGUUGAAUGUGACAAUGUUGCUCUUGUCCUUCCUAGGUAUUGGAUUCCAAGCAUCUAAGGUACAUAAUGUGACGGCCAAGAAGAAUUUCAUUGAACUUUUAACAUCCGAAAGAGGAAAACCAGUUCUUGAAGAGGAUGAAGACGAAGAGGAGGAUGAAGAUUCUACACCUGUA